AUGGAUAGAAAAUUGUUUUGGGUUGCUGAAUCUGUGAAGGCACUCUAUUCUCUACUUGAAAAGCACCCGUUUAUCCUACAAAGCGUCACUGAACCAUAUGUCCAUAAACCACUUCACGAAGCGUUGAUUUAUGGGAAGGUAGACAUGGCCGUGGAAAGGAUGAUACUGGCGCCACCCUUGCAACUAAGCUAA